AUGUCUUCAUCUUCUCGUGUAUUUUUCGAAGAAGCCGAUCGGCCGCCUAAUGAAUAUUUUGAAAGCGAAAAAAAUUAUCAAGUUCCGUUGAAAAAAGUGCCGUUUCAGACGCCGGAUCCAGAAAGUUAGUAAAGUUUAUUUAUGAAAAAAUUAUGUUUUGAAAAUGGUUUCUGCAUGAAAAUGUUGAGUCUUUUCAAGAUUUUUUUUAAAACUUUUUUUCAGAACUUUCUGAAGAGUUUCAGCAGUUUUUAAUAUUCUUGUGUCAUCAUCAUCAAAGUGAAAAAACCUCUAAAAAUAGAAAAGAACAUGAAUUUUCCUCUUUUUUUUUGGCGACGGGGAAAAGAGUAAUUCGGAUGCAAAACGCAUUAAAUGGACCCUCUUCUCCUUUUUUUUGACUACACCAACCUAUUUAUUGAUGGCGUUUUUUCGUGCUCAUUUUUUUCUGCGUUUUUUUUUCAGAAUGGAUAACUGCUCCUGAAUUUGUGCCGAGAUCUAAAUUGUUGGCUGAAACUUUUGGAAUUCUGCCCCAGAAUUUACCUCCAACAAUGCCACGUCCUUUUGAUGGAAUCCCACCUGGAUAUACGGCUAAUAUGACUACUAUUAAUCGUGAGUUUUUUUUUGGUUUGAAAUAUCUGGGUGAAAUUUUUUUUUUCUGUGAAUUUAUAUAUUGUUAAAAACAAAAAUUUCCAGUCCUUAAAAAUUUUUUUUCUGAAAACUAAAAAAAAAUAAGAUCAAGAAAUGUUCUGAAAUUUUUUAGUUGCUAUUAUUCUGCUGAAAAUUGAGAGUUUCUAGAAUUUCAGGAUUAGUCGUUGUGAAUUUUUUUUUUAAUUAUGCUAUACGAUUCUAAUGUGCCAAAGAUCACAUAAAUACCUACAUACAAAUAUUUAACAAUAAAUAUACAUUAUAAGUAUUACACAACUCUCGAAACUUAUCUUUUUAUCUAUCUGUUUUGUUUUCUAUCCUUUUGUCCUCCUCUUCUUUUUCCUCUCUUUAUCACCCAUUCGGAACACUUUAAAAUAUCCACACAUCUCAACCCCCAUUAUUAUACAACAUUUUCUUUUAUUUUCAUUUUUUGAUUGAUUUUUUUUAUCCUCCAAAAGUUCUGAACAUUUUUAGUUUUUUUUUCAAUCUUGAUAUCAAAAUUUUUCAAUCUAAAAAAUUCCCAAAAAAAAAACACACACAUUCUAUUCUCUUUAUUUUUCCAGCUACCAACGGUCCGCCAAUUGCAGCUAUUUUACUGCGAAAAAAACGAAAGCGUCGCUCAAAAAACCAGACAAAAUCAAUGGUGAAUAGUAGUACAGUUCACUCGAUUUCUCCGUGUUCUUCACAUCCAUCAGAUCCAAAUGGAUUAUCAUCAUCGGAAAAUGAAGAAGAAAUGGCUGCAGCUGGAAGUUGUCCGGAUUUGACUGAAGAGCAACAAGAUGAAUGGGAUGAUUAUUUGGUGGGUUUUUUGGGGAGAAAAAUUGACUUGAAAAUCGAGAUAUGUUUUAUUCAACUGGAAUUCUGAGUUUCCUCCAAAUAACUUAAUUUUUUUAGUACAACCACGUUCAAAAAUCUGCUCAAAUCUACGAAACAAUUUCUCCAAACAUAAUCGACGUAGUUCAAAAUCGAAUCAGUGGAACAAGCAACAAAGAAUUGCAAAAAAUCGAUAAUGAAAUAAAUGGAAAUACGAUGACGUCAUCGAUGGUUGUUAAAAAAUUGGCUGGACCUGCGAUAUUUUCUGAUGGGACCACUGAAAGAACAUUGGCUGAUGAAUUGAGUUUUCGAAAUACUUUUGGUGGAUAUUCACAAAUUGAUUGUGAUAAAUCACCAUAUGUUCAUAUAACUUCGAUGGAUCCGAAAAGUUCGAAAAUCAAAAAUUCGCUCAUUGAUAAGGAGGCACUAAAGGCUUAUGUAAGUUUUUUAGAAGAGAGUCGGAAAAGAGAGUUUCUCAAAAAAUAUUUCGAAAUUCUGUGAAUUCCUCAAUUUUCAGCUCGACGAAGAAGAACAAGAAGAAGAUUUUCUGGAAGGUUUGAAUAUUCGAGUCAACAAUUUUGACACUUGUGAAGAUCUGACACUUUCAGAUGUUGAAACUGCACCAACUCAAUUUCAGCAAAUGCAAAGUGUUUUGAGAAAAGGGAGCAAUGUUAUUACAACUGAUUUGCAAGCUCCUGGAAAUCAGUGUUGUUUGAUUAUGUGA